UCUGGCCAUCGGAUGCGUUUUGUCUAUGUCUACAAUGCCGAUAACGGAAGUAUGACCGGCUGCCACAACCAAAAUGCAUAAAAGGUGCUUCCAAUUUCACUCCUUUCAAUCAUUCAACCUACCAACCUCACAACCUUCUUCACAAUGCACCCUUCUACAUCUACUACCUCGUCUUCCAAGACUACUACAUCAUCAUCAUCAUCAUACAUCUCGCAAAAUUGCACGCGCCACUCUCAUACCACUCCCGUGUCAAUGCGCAUUUCAUCAGAUGAUGACUCCUGCAUAAACUUCAAUGCACCCCAGUGCUGCCACUGUGGCUGGCGCGGAUCUCACUCGCCUAGCUGUCCCUUCCGCUGAGCACCCACAAUGAUUACGUUUUUUGGACUAUAUUUAUUGCCUUUGCUCGCAAUUGUUCUCAUCAUCCAUCAUCCACCCAUCCAUCCAUGUCGUCAUUCGACUAUUCGAUACCAUCUGUUGUAUCAUCAUACAUCUAUACUCCGUGCAUAAACGCACUUUAGUCGUCCAGGUCUAUCGCAGUUGUAGGAUCAGGCAGGAGCAGGAGGAGGUUGGGCAGGCAG